AUGUAUAUUCUGACAUCAACAGAUUAUUUUACUAAGUGGGUGGAGGCUAUCCCCACUAAGAAGGCGAACUCAGAGGUAGUAUGUGAUUUUCUCAAAGAUUGCAUUUUAGUUCAUUUUGGGGUUCCUCAGAAGAUUGUCGCAGAUAAUGCAUCAUAUUUCUCUUCUGAGGAAUUUACCAUGUUCUAUUAUGAACAUAAAAUUACUCUUUCACACUCUUCUGAUUACUUCCUACAAGGUAAUGGGUUGGCAGAAUCGAGCAACAAGAACCUGGUAGCAAUCAUGAAGAAGUUAGUUGAUGAUAAUGCCCGGAAUUGGCAUACAAAGUUAUAUGAAGCCUUAUGGGCAGAUAGAAUUACCCCUAAAAGAGCAAUUGGAAUGGAUGUUGAUGAGAAGACCGAGAGAUGGAUUGUUGAAAUUGCUUCCUAUAAACCCAAGGAUGUAUGUAAAGAAAUAAAUGCAGAAGAUUUUGAGGUUACCAAAGUAGAUCUCGGAAACAUGAGCAGGGACUCUGAUAACCGCGUUUUCAAUGUGACGACUAAGAAAAUAUUCACCAGGUCAGAGAAAGACAGACAAGAGAAAAAGGAACCAAAAUGA